AUGAUAAACUUCAAAGACGUUGACAAAGGAAAUAUUUUUGAAGAAAUAGAGGACUUCGUCCUUCACAUAUUGUCUUGGUUGCUAAGUUUUAAUGUAGACAUUUUCAAGAAUAAUUCGGAGAAGAAGUACCCCCGAAUUCUCCUCAAUAGGAACCUCGUGAAAUUGUGCAGGAUUGCAUCCGUUGUGGAGUUUGUAAAUGCCAUGAUCAUUCAGGACAAAAGCUGCACACAGAGGGAAAUAUAUUACAAGCUUUACAAUCUCUUCAGCCAACAGAGCCAAACAAAUAGGCACAUACUGCACGUAUGUCACAUCUUAGGAUUCCGAAGAGCAUCGCUGAAUAUAUAUGCUUCUGAAAAAGGUUGUAUAGCCGGGCAACUUGUACUUACAAAACACAACCAAAUUAUGAAUCUAAACCAUGUAGAAAAUGGGCUAAUGAUUAAUGAUAGUCUUUUAAAUGUUGAAAAAGUUGAGAGCCAAGCACACUAUAUAUUGGUAGUUGAAAAAUAUUCCCUCUAUCAAAAGCUUUGCGAAAACAGGAUAUGGAAUAUUUUGCCGUGCAUAUUAAUAACAGGAAAAGGAUUUCCAGAUUUUUCCACUCGAAAAAUUCUUUGCGAACUUGUGGAACUUCUACAGUUGCAGUGUGUCUAUAUAGGUGACUACGAUCCUUAUGGUAUUCUAAUUUUUUUAAGUUAUAAGAACGGUUGUAAUACUAACGAAGAUGCAAUUUAUGCAUGUGAAAAAAUGAAAUGGGUUGGUAUGAACGCACAUGAUAUAAAACUUCUUCCUAAAGAGGCCAUUAUGCCACUAUCAAUGAAAGACAAAAAUGUCAUACGGAAUUUACUGAAAAAUGAAAAUCUCAGUUACAAUUCAAAAAUGAGAAAAGAAGUAACUCAAAUGGAAAAGGAUAAUCACAAGUUUGAAAUAGAGGCAAUGGAAUAUUGGGGUAUGGAGUUUUUUAUUCAAAAAUAUAUAAUUAGAAGAAUAAUGAGAAAGGAGUGGAUAGCGUGA